GAAACGCGUGCAUGGUGCGUGUGAAAAUCGCUUGCAUCUUGCCAGAGCGAUACCUAAACCGAAUCCGAGCAUCUCUUUUUUAUUUAGUUGGAGAGCUCGUUUCAGUUCUGAGUUUAUUAACGUCGAAGGAAGGAAGCAGAACACGGGUUUCGACACCGGGACAGGGGAUGCUGGUUCCUCUUUAUUGACCGUUCUUUCUCCUGUCUGGUCCAUUCACGAGCACCUUAUGGGUUAUACACGCAAACAAACAAUGACAAAAGACUUGUGUUCGUACCCAAUACGAGUUUAAAAAGGGAAUCCUUUUGUGCCUCUUUUGUCUCCCACGUGGAAGAAAGUGGAUCCGUUUGAGGAGUUUAUGUGAAGCAGGUCUGUGCUGGACGGGAAGAGGAAGAUUUCACAGAAGAUGAGGAAGAGCCGGAGCGUUCUAACUGUGUCACCUAAUGAGGACAGUAAAGAGCCUCCAGACUGCAGGCUAAGUGAAUCUUUCACAUCCUCAGGUUGCACGCUAGGAGUUGACCUGUGCCGCAGGCGUCGCCAUUUCUCCGGUAACCUGCAAUUGCCUCCUUUAUCAUGGCGGCAGACAGAGAGGUUACGUAGUCCUGAUGAAGAGAUAAUGGCAAGACCAACUACCCUGCCCUUUAUCACACCCCCUCGCAUUGACAUCACAUCGGUGGACUCUGAGUGUUUUGAUGUGGAAAAUGGCCCGUCUGCAAGCUGUAGUCCUUUGGACACCCAGGCCUCCCCAGGUUCUGGCCUGGUUCUGCACACAAACUUCCCUGGCCACAACCAGCGGCGAGAGUCCUUCCUCUACCGCUCAGACAGUGACUAUGACCUCUCACCCAAGUCAAUGUCUCGCAAUUCUUCUAUUGCCUCCGAACUGCAUGGGGAUGACCUGAUAGUUACACCUUUUGCUCAGGUUCUUGCAAGCCUUCGAAGUGUCAGAAACAAUUUUACUGUCUUGACCAAUGUUCAGUGCACAUCUAACAAGAGGUCCCCUGUGUCUAACCAACCCCCCAUCACCAGAGUGUGCCUACCUGACGAGUCCUACCAGAAGCUGGCCGUGGAGACCAUGGAGGAGCUGGACUGGUGUUUGGAUCAGCUGGAAACCAUCCAGACGUACCGCUCCGUCAGCGACAUGGCCUCCAACAAGUUCAAGAGAAUGUUGAACAGGGAGCUGACGCACCUCUCUGAGAUGAGUAGAUCUGGCAACCAGGUGUCGGAGUUCAUCUCCAACACCUUCCUAGACAAACAGAAUGAGAUGGAGAUUCCCUCGCCUACACCAAAAGCCCGGGAGAAGAAGAAAAAGCAGUUGAUGACUCAGAUCAGUGGUGUGAAGAAGGUCUCCCACGGGCCCAGCCUCAACUGCGGCAUUGCUCGCUUUGGCGUCAAAACUGACAAAGAGGAUCUACUGUCAAAGGAAUUAGAAGACCUGAACAAAUGGGGCCUGAACAUCUUUACUGUUUCAGAGUAUUCAAACAAUCGGCCUCUCACCUGCAUUAUGUACGCAAUCUUCCAGGAACGAGACUUGCUUAAGACAUUUAAAAUACCAGCUGAUACAUUUGUAAUGUAUAUGAUGACCCUGGAGGAUCACUACCACCAAGAUGUGGCCUAUCACAACAGUCUUCAUGCUGCUGAUGUAGCCCAGUCAACUCACAUUCUGCUGUCCACACCUGCAUUAGAUGCUGUCUUCACUGAUCUUGAGAUCCUGGCUGCCAUUUUUGCUGCAGCCAUCCAUGAUGUGGACCAUCCAGGUGUUUCAAACCAGUUUCUCAUCAAUACAAAUUCCGAGCUAGCACUCAUGUAUAACGAUGAGUCGGUUUUGGAGAACCACCACUUAGCCGUGGGUUUCAAACUUCUCCAGGAGGAGAACUGUGACAUCUUCCAGAACCUCACCAAGAAACAGAGGCAAUCCCUCCGAAAGAUGGUCAUUGACAUGGUACUGGCCACAGACAUGUCUAAGCACAUGAGCUUAUUGGCUGAUCUGAAGACGAUGGUAGAGACAAAGAAAGUUACCAGCUCAGGAGUGCUGCUUUUGGACAAUUACACAGAUAGGAUACAGGUUCUGAGGAACAUGGUUCACUGUGCCGACCUGAGCAAUCCCACCAAGUCUCUGGAGCUGUACCGCCAAUGGACCGACCGCAUCAUGGAUGAGUUCUUUCACCAGGGCGACAGAGAGAGGGAACGUGGCAUGGAGAUCAGCCCCAUGUGCGAUAAACACACAGCCUCAGUUGAGAAAUCACAGGUGGGAUUUAUUGACUACAUCGUUCACCCGCUGUGGGAGACCUGGGCUGACUUGGUGCAUCCGGACGCCCAGGAUAUCCUGGACACACUGGAGGAUAAUCGGAACUGGUACCAGAGCAUGAUUCCUCAGAGCCCUUCACCACCAUUCUACCAGCCCGACAAGGAGGGCAACGGUGGGGGAUCUGGGCCCGACAAGUUUCAGUUUGAACUCACGUUAGAGGAGGAGGACUCAGAGGGCACGGAAAAAGACGAACAGAGUCAGGAAGAUGAGGAAGAGGAGGCAGAAGAUGAAGACAGAGCAGAUGAAAUGGAAUCAUCCACUACACACAUCCAGAUAGUUACCGAAGACGCCUCACCGGUCGACACAUAGGACCUUGUUGUCCACCACUAGGUGGUAGCUGUUUUUCCCUUGCGAGAGGAGCAAUCUUGCAGUUGAUGCUUUUUAAAAAAAAAUCCCACAUGGGAUGCUUUUUUAGGCCCUCGUGGGAGGAGGAUGUCUUGCCCUCCUUGCACUUGCGUUUGGAGCCGUUUUGGUAGGAGCUCUCAGGAAAUAAAUGCUGCAGACAUUUUGGACCUGAUAGACUGACAGGCGACUUUGAUAAACAUGAAGGAUUGGGGCCAACAUUGACCAUUUGUUCAUUUGUUUACCAGGCGUUGAGGACUAGACACUACUGAGAGGAUUUGUUUUUGGGUUUGUUUGUUUUUUUUGUACAAACACAGACUUUUUGUAAAGCUAUGGGUGUGUUAUGAGGUAAAACAUGAACUACUGAAGAACAAGUAUUUGUAAAGAAAGAGAAACUGUUUACUUUUCUGUACCAUUUGUCUAAAGACUGUGUGCCUUUUUACUAUUGACUUUUUAAUAGUCUUUUAUUUAUUGAACACAUUUUAGUAUAACUGUAUGUUGAGAUUUUUUUGUUUUCUAAAGCAACCAGACAGAACCUGCAGAAUUGUUUUAUAACUAAGCUGGAGAGAGACCUUAGUGUCUUCCUUUGUUUGGCAAUAUAACUUAAUAAUCCAAACAUCUGACAAAUCAUCAGAAAACUACGAAAUGUGUAUUCUGAUGAAACAGGCACUUUCUGUUUAUUCUAUACAGUUUUGUCAGACUUUUUAACUAUGAGCACAAACUCUGUUUCUUUAAGAAAAUAACUAAACAUCAUAAGAAUUCUUUAAUAGGCAAAUAUAUUGUUGACAGUUGUUGCACAAAAAGACCCUGUUGUUGUAAAGACCCUGACAUCCAUUUAUUUAGUUUGAUCUUUAGAUUAUAUAUAUAUAUAUAUAUAUAUAUAUAUAAAAAUCCAUUACCAUGUUAAUCAAAUCACAAGGGGUCUCAUAAUUUACUGAGAUCACAGGGGAAGCCAAAGCUAUAUUUGCAUAAAAAUUAAGUUGCUUUCAAGUUGUCUUCCUUACUUCAACAAAACCCAUUACUAUUCCUCCCAUAUCACAACCCAUACCUCACCAACACAAGAACAGAAAAACAGAUUUAGAGCAAUCUAAACUAGCUUUUUAACCCUUGACAUUUAUUGACACAUUGGUACAAGUACAUUUGAGAAAAUCUUCCCUCUACCCUUCUAUGAUUGGGUCACUUUAAAUAAAAAAAAAAUUUAAAUAAAACAAAUAAUUGGCGUAAAUGGAUUUGAACUCGAUUCUCAUCUCAAACUAUGUAUCAAGAUCUGAUAGUGAGAUAUUGCGAGGGGAAUCUGCAUGUAUCUGCUCCAGUUCUAAAAAUGUAAAGAUUUGAACAGUCUGUCUCUCUGUAGUAACGCAGAAUAACUUUUGCCAGUACUGCAACAAUUAUCCUCAACCGAUUUCAACAUGCCAGUUGAGUAAUGAAUUUCAUGACAUUGACAUUCUUACUUGUGUCUCAUACAUUUUUUUCACUUGUAAUGUUUGUGUGUAGUCAAUGCUUUGAGGUACUUUAACUACCUUAUGCUCAAAGUCUCACCAGUGGAAACAGUUAAUGGCCAAAGUAGCAUGCAAAAGUAUGUUUGUGCGCACAUAUGUACAUGUCUAUACAAAACUGUGUUUGUGUGUGUGAGCGGGUUUGGGUGGUUUACGAGGACAUUUUUUAGGUUAAAAACUGUUAAUUACAAGGGUAUUAUGCUGUAAAUGUGGUUAAUGAGGAAAUUUUUAGGGUCCCCAUAAUUCAAAUCGGUUCUAGGUUUAGGGGUAGGGUUAGGGUUAGGGGAUAGAAUCUAUAGUUCAUACAGUAUAAAAACCAUUAUGUUUAUGGAGUGUCCUCAUAAGGAUAGCCGCACCAACAUGUGUCUGUGUGUGUGUGUGUGUGUGUGUGUGUGUGUGUCUGCUCAAUCACCAGCCCACGCUUUUUACGACUC